AAAACAAGGCACUUUCCAACAACUGCAGAUUUCUCUCUCCCUAUACUUUUUUUCAGAAAAAUUCAUGGCUAUCACAGUCCCUCUUUCUCUUUCUAAAAAAUACCCACACUCUCUUUCUAAAAAUCCCAUAUCAUAAGUCAUAGAGUCAUCACUUACCUCUUUUUUCUAUUUUUCUAUUUCUAUAUGAAUGAUAUAAUACUAUGUCUGUAUUAAAUCUAUAUAUUUAUCCUUUCCCCUGUUACUAUCCUCAUCAAGAAUCAGCCCACAAAGAAGAUGACAUUGAAAAAGACAAAAACACACACACAAAACACAAAAACUACACACACACACAGAGACCUACUUUCUUACAUUCUAAUGGCCCGACUGGACCAAAAAAACACACACACACACACAGAGACAGAAAAAAAAAAAAAAAAAAAACAAAACUACACACACACACCUACUUUCUUUCAUUCUAAUGGCCCAACUGGACAAAAAACACACACACACACACUGAAAAAAAAAAACACACACACACAAAAACUACACACACACCUACUUUCUUUCUUUCUUUCUAAUGGCCCAACUGGACCAAAAUUUAUGUACAAAAAAAAAAAAAAAAAAAAAAGAAAAGAAAAACAUAAGACUCAUUAGAGUAUAUAGUAAAGAGGAGAUGUCUUCAUACGUCUUCCAACUUCACCUCAUACAUUACAGCAUAUGAUAUGACCAUAAAGAUACAAUCUUUUUUGCCAUAAUUACCCUUCUGCAACAUCCCAAAAAAAUUUCCCAAUCUUCAUCAACUUCACUGUCUCUCCUAAAACAAAAAACAACAACAAUGUAUAAUAAGUAUACUAUAUUUUUUUCCUUCUCCAUUUAUGUGGGCUUUUUGGGGUUUGUUACUUUGUCUUGGUCAAGAGUUUAUUCACAAAGAAAAACAAGAACCUUCUCAUCACCUCUCUUUAUUUUCUUUCUUACAACUACUCCUUUAUUUUGGCCUUGUUUUGUUGUACUAUUAUUGUUUCUUCUCUCUUUUUUUUCUCUCUUCUCUGCCUCCUUUUCUUGUUUUUCUUUUCAAACUUUUUUGUCUCUUUAUAUUCUCCAAGAUCUAAUCUUUUUUGGUUAAGGGAUAAAUUUGUGAUCUGAUAUGUCUAAGAAGAUGAAAAGGGUUGCUUUGGAAUCAUCAUCUUAUGGUGUUUUUGAGGAACCAAAGGCUAGGAAGCAUCAGAUACUAUUGCAGGACUAUCAAGAACUCCAAAAGGAAACUGAUGGUAUAAGGCACAAAUUGGAGGAUUCAAAGCUGCGGAAAUUAAGAUUACUAGCUGAAGUUCGUUUCCUACGCCAGAGGCAUAAGCAUCUAUUGCAAUCAAAGUCCUUAAGUCCUCAAAAAGGGCAAGAGCUAGUAUCACUAUCAAACAUAGAAACCUACCCCAAAAGUAGGUCAAGGGAUCAAGUUAUUACUAGCAAAAAAGAGGCCAAGCUAAACAAAUUGCCCCCUCUUCCUGGACUAAAACAGAACGGAAGGAUACAGGUUGCAAAAGUAGCUGCUUCCAAGAAAACUCCUGAUAUUCAUGUGAACCAAAAACAGAAAUUUGGUGGAGGAGUGGAGUUGGACCAUAAAUCUAGAGUAUAUAAUGGAAAAGAAGUUCCAUCCCGAAAAGGACCUCCAGCCUAUGAUAUGAUGAAGCAGAACGAGAGAUUAUACAUUGCAAGCAAUGCUAUCUCACGGAGCAGCUUGCCUGCUUUUGAUUUAAAUCAGGAAAAUGGUCAUAGUGGCAAAGAAGCUGCAUUGCCUACUCGUGCUCCGGUCUUCGAUUUGAAUGAAAUCUCGAUGGGUGAAGAGGAAACAGAAGUAAAUAUUGAUCAGGUGCAGUUUGAGGAGCCAAAGAGAAGUCUUAUUCGUAGCGUCAAUGAUGAUCAGCACAACGAUUUAAAGUUAUUGGUCUGUAGAAACGUUGGAGAAAACACUUCUCAGGUGGGAAAACGAAAAAUAUCAUGGCAAGACCCUGUAGCUUUGAGGGUUUGAUCCAUCUUUCACCAUUCAGUUAAAUGUGGUAAGAAAAUUUUGUCAAACUUGAACUGGCCUUACUAGGUCAAAUUUCUGUUGACAUGUAGGUUUACGUUAUCCUUUGUGUGUAAAGAAUCUUCUUAUACAUGUAAUACGCGCACACGAUACGUUCAUUGCUAGCAACGAGAUGUAGUCAGUGUAAUUCGUUCUCUACAUUGAAUAGCAUAUAUCUUCAGCAGUUUUCUGGUCAA